AACCCAGAAAGAACCUGAAAAAUCACAGAAAAAUGGCACAUAAUCCCGCUUUUCAAGAUGAAUUUUACACUUGUUGUUAUGAUGAAGAAGAAUCACAGUUAAUGGUUUUGAAAGAUAAGCAAGCUUUGUGUGAAGAUUUAAAGUAUAUUCUGUCCGUACCUGAUCUAUGCGACGUUACGUUCCUUGUUGGUCCCGAGCAAUAUCCAAUCCACGGACUGAGAGCAAUACUAGCAUCCAGGAGCAGACUGUUUUAUAUGAUGAUUCUUGCAAAAGAAAAGGAGAUCAAAAUACAAGCUUCUCAGAAAAAAAUAGGAUUUUUGAAGAAAUUGAAAGAAAUUCGUAAACUGCUGACCUCUAAACCAUCAUACCAAACUCCAGAAUCAUCCAUUUCAAGAAAGUUGACAAUAGUUCUAGAAGAGUUUGAACCAAGUAUAUUUGAGAGACUGGUACGUUAUAUUCACUGUGGCAUGGUAUCAGUCGACGUCUUGUCUGUUGUUGGACUAUUGAACGCUGCUGAAAAGUUUGAGUUGGAAUGUCUGAAGAAUGCAUGCUGGGAGUUUGCUGUCAGUUGUAUCCGACCUGAUCUUGUACAUGAUCUUAUUGCCUCAGCGAAUGAGUACUCCAAUUGUAAAUUGACAAAUGAUCUUUUCAAAGAGAUUCAAGAAAUAUCACUGAAUCACCCUGAGUUGCUAUUCUGUACACCAAGAUCACGAUCAAACAGCUUCCGGGACGGUAAUGACUGCAGACCGAAAAGUAUAACCACAAACGGACUAUUAAUGAGAUCUGUGUUGUAA